AUGCUAAGCUACACUCGUCCCAGGCUCCUGCCCUACGAUGAAACCUCGAUAACGGAACUGCCGGAGGAGCCACCGGCCUUCAUUUCAGUCUAUCUGGCCCUCCAGCCCGCUGUUAAACCUUUCCAGGCUCUUUCUGACCAGGUUUUCUCCAUGGAAUCGGCAGAACUGGUGGCGAGGGUCAAGUCGUGGGAGCGAGAGGUGGCAAAGCAGAAUAAAGAAGGCCGCUUCGACUUCGAGGCCCUUGUGAUGGACUCCAGUUGCAGGAGCGUCCUCGCCUGCCGUUUUCUUGUGCCUCAGAACCCGCCACCUGACUUUCUGCCCUCCAGCUAUACGGCCGUUCAAGUAGAGGAAGUCAAGCUCCGCCUGGCUCGGUACGUUUCCCUCAUCCCCUUCUUCUCGGAUUCAGUUGCAUUCCACGGACUUACAGAUGUUUGGUGCUCAAGUGAGCAAUUCCUGAAAAUGCUUUGUGGCGACUACGAGGAGCACGCUGUACUACUGGCGAACUACUUUCUUUUCCUCGACGCAAAGCUGGCCGAGGCCGCUGGGGAUGUUGAGGUAAAAAUGGACGAAACUAUCCCAAACGUCAUCUUGUGCGUGGGAAAGGCGGUGCCAGAUGACACAAAGCUGAACUGUCUUUCCUUUCAGAUAUGGGCCAACGUGCAGGAGAAAGAGGAACCUUGGGAGGUCAACUGGGAUCUCACUAACCACAAAUGCUGGCUGCCAUUUGAUGCUGUGGCCGGGGAGUCAUCUGCAGGCAGACGUCACCACAAAAGGAGUUCAUCAAUAUUCACUGUCCAACCGAGCAAGCUGAGCUACUCGACCCCGAACGAACGCGAGAUACUUGCCUUGAAGUUUGAGUUGGAAGGCGCCCUGAAGGACUCUUUUAUCGAAUGGAGGAGAGGAGAGGUGAGUUGCUCGAUGAAGUUCGUUGUCCACUGA